AUGUCAACUACUUCUACUGCUUCUUUGAAUAAUCAAGAAGAUGAUUUAUAUGAAGAUGCAUUACCUAUUUUUAAAGAUGCUCUAAAAGAUAUGAAAUUAGGUCAACUUGUACAUCCAAAACAAUUUACAUUGGAUCAAGCUAUUCAUGCUCUGGAAGUGAUGAACAAGAAAUUGGAUACAGGUUCAGAUGUAGAUAGACCGUUCACAGCUGAGAUGCUCUACGAUAUGGGAGAGGUACCAAGAGAUACCUCUUUAAAUACAAAAGAAAUCAUUGCAAUCAUCGAUCGAUUGAUGUCAUAUGAAAUUGGAUGGAUUGAAGGUAAUCCAAUUGCAUUUACACUAUUCAAUUGUAUGUAUUUACACUUCCCAGGUAGAUUGAAAAACAAUUAUCUCUCCACCUACAUCAGUGGACUAUUGGCAUCCUCAGAUACUUUGAUACAUAUUGUAUCAAGAGGUGAUGUUUGUGUGGAAGAAGACUUUAAUCUGUCGACUUAUGAUUUCAAUUUGAAUCAGAAUGUGGAUACAUUGGUAUUGGUCAAUCAGUUGGACGCGCUGAGUAAAGAGUUGUUACAGAUGGUCGACCAGUUGAACGAGGAAAAAAAGACGGACGAAGCAAUCGAUAUGAAGGAUCUCUACGAUAGGAUAACAUUUAGAAGAAUGUUCUACGUUUUGUUCUUCUCGUUGAUGUCGUCCAAUGUCGUGAUGGCACAGAAACUGAUACCGCAAAUACAGAAAACAUUGGACAGCAUGCGUUCACGACUGCCAAAGUUGAAACUUGUCGAUAUUCCCGAAGGAAUCUUCAAUGCCAAACUAAACUGCUUCUUUGUCUCCAGUAUGGAUUUUCCUGCUUACCAAUGUCACCCGUUCGCCAAGGUGUUGGACAACUACGAUAAACUCAUUAGGGAUCUAUCGACCAUGUUACAAAUGCCACAUCUAAUGGAAACUCAUCAACAAAUGAAACAACAACAACAGAAUCAACAACAGAAUCAACAACAGCAACAACAACAACAGAGUAAAAGUGAUUUAGAUUUAAGUUCAGUGUUGGACUAUCAUCUUUACUUUAGUAGACAAUCACCCAAUAUUAUUGUCCGUUCACUUUUGCGUCGUUUACUAUUCCCUUUGCCGAGUGGACAGUUCUUCCGAUCGAAUUCCGUGCCCAGUGCAAUCCUCGAGUGGAUGACAUCGUUUGGCGUGCCCAGCCAGUAUUUGAACUUGAAGAAUCCAGAGAUUGCCAAGUUUGUCGAGAGAUUCUCGCUGGCGUUACAGAGGAUAUUCAUUCAGACCUCGUUGAAUCGUGCACGUCAGCAUAGAAAGCUGAAGAACUCGCUGUUUGACCUGACCAUUCUCCAGAGUGAGGCUGACAUCAUCGACACUGAGAUCGCCAAAGACAAAACCAAUAUAUCGAUACUGUUUGGUAGUUUCAUCUUCAACAUUAAACUGAAGCUAAUGAUUCACUAUCUCUACUUGGGAUUCGAACUCGAAAUAUACGAACACCACGAAUACCAGCAGAUCUACUGGUAUCUCGAUUGCCUUGCCGCUCUCCAGAUCCAGGUGCACCACUACAUCUACAAAGAGAACCAAAAGACACCGCAGCGAACCAAGAAAGAGGAGAAGAAAGAAGCGAAAAAAGAAGCGAAAAAAGCUGCCAAGAAAGGAUCGACCAACAACAACCAGAAAGCUGCAGCGAAUAACAAUCACCCGAAAUCAAUUCAACAACAACAACAUAAUAAUAAUAACAAUAGCAAUAAUAUGCAAAACGAUGCACACUUACCACCAGCAACACCCGAUCGUCUGUUGAUUGCAUCUCACAAACUUACUGCUCGAUCGAUGUUUAGAUUCAUGACAGUACUGGAGAUGAUGGGAAAAAUCAAGAAACCAAAGUGUGAAUUCAGUUCUCCAACACUCCGAUUCCUCAAGAGAUUCGAACACUUUAACAGUCCUCCCUAUCAACAACCAGAACCCUACACUUUGGAGUUAUUUAAUCAAUCAAUUCAAGUUCAAGAUAUAACAGCAUUUGGAAUACUAUUAUCAACUUUAGAAAAUAUUAAAUUGGCCAAACAAAAUAUUGAACAUAUUAUGAAAGGUUUCGCAAAACCUCCUCCUUUCUAUAUAAUUGAAGAAGCAAAAGCUAUUCUCAGAACAAAUAUAACGCUCUCACUCGUUAUUCAAAAGUUGUUACCCAAAAAUUAUGAGACUCUUUCUGAGAAAUCAGAACAACCUAUUCCCGUAGGAAAUGUCACAUUCGAACCUAGACAAUGUUAUCCAAAUAUUAUCUGGAAAUAA